AUGGUAGCAACAAUAAUGCAGACGACAACAACUGUGCUGACGACAGUCGCCGCAAUGUCUACUACCUUAGCAUCAAAUUACAUAUCUUCGCAAGCUAGUUCCUCGACGAGUGUAACAACAGUAACGACAAUAGCGACAUCAAUACGCUCUACACCGUCUAAUCUACUCUUUUCUAAUGUGGCGGCUCAGCCAAAAUCAUCUUCAGCAAGCACAAUUGGGCUUUCAAUCGGACUUCCCAUCGGAAUAUUCUGUUUCGGAUUACUUAUCCUUUUGUGUUAUUUCUACCUUAAAAGGAAUUCGGUGUCCAUUUCAAAUCCACCCAUGUCAGCUACGAUUCCAAGGGAAGAGGAAUAUUGUCGCCGCACUAAUUGGUUCUCACGGUUAUUUUGGCAGAGUAAGUGUGAGGAUCAGAAUUCAUAUUCUAAUCGUGAUAUUGAGAAGUAUAACGACACCCAGUGGACCUCGGGUGAUAACAUGUCUUCAAAAAUACAGUACAAAAUUUCCAAACCCAUAAUACCGCAGCAUAUACUGACACCUAAGAAAACGGUGAAGAACCCAUAUGCUUGGUCUGGUAAAAACAUUUCGUUAGACCCCAAAGUGAACGAAAUGGAGGAAGAGAAAGUUGUGGAUGCAUUCCUGUAUACUAAACCACCGAAUAUUGUCCAUAUUGAAUCCAGCAUGCCCUCGUAUAAUGAUUUACCUUCUCAAAAAACGGUGUCCUCAAAGAAAACUGCGUUAAAAACGAGUGAGAAAUGGAGUUACGAAUCUCCACUAUCUCGAUGGUUCUUGAGGGGUUCUACAUACUUUAAGGAUUAUGGCUUAUCAAAGACCUCUUUAAAGACCCCAACUGGGGCUCCACAACUGAAGCAAAUGAAAAUGCUCUCCCGGAUAAGUAAGGGUUACUUCAAUGAGUCAGAUAUAAUGCCUGACGAACGAUCGCCCAUCUUGGAGUAUAAUAACACGCCUCUGGAUGCAAAUGACAGUGUGAAUAACUUGGGUAAUACCACGCCAGAUUCACAAAUCACAUCUUAUCGCAACAAUAACAUCGAUCUAAUCACGGCAAGACCCCAUUCAGUGAUAUACGGUACUACUGCACAACAAACUUUGGAAACCAACUUCAAUGAUCAUCAUGACUGCAAUAAAAGCACUGAGAAACACGAGUUGAUAAUACCCACCCCAUCAAAACCACUAAAGAAAAGGAAAAAAAGAAGACAAAGUAAAAUGUAUCAGCAUUUACAACAUUUGUCACGUUCUAAACCAUUGCCGCUUACUCCAAACUCCAAAUAUAAUGGGGAGGCUAGCGUCCAAUUAGGGAAGACAUAUACAGUUAUUCAGGAUUACGAGCCUAGAUUGACAGACGAAAUAAGAAUCUCGCUGGGUGAAAAAGUUAAAAUUCUGGCCACUCAUACCGAUGGAUGGUGUCUGGUAGAAAAGUGUAAUACACAAAAGGGUUCUAUUCACGUCAGUGUUGACGAUAAAAGAUACCUCAAUGAAGAUAGAGGCAUUGUGCCUGGUGACUGUCUCCAAGAAUACGACUGA